UGUUCUGUGUACUGUGUGGUUGUCCUUCACCAGGUUUGAUGCUUUUUACAGAGCCCGUUUAUAACGUUAUAAACAUGGUUAAACUCAGCAAAGAGAGCAAACAGCGGCUGCAGCAGGUCUUUCAAUGCGGACAGUUUGUUAUCCGGUGGGGUUUCAUCCCUACUGUGCUUUAUCUGGGAUUCAAACGAGGGGCUGAUCCUGGAAUGCCAGAGCCCACAGUUUUAAGUUUGCUUUGGGGAUGAAGAGUGAUGAUGAAACCUUGCAGAAGACCAAACCGUCUUAACCUCCUUUCUGUCACAGAGGUUUCAUUUCCCUGUCUGUAAAGGCAUAACUGCGUAGUGAAACUACGCCUGCCUACACCUUUGGACUCAGUUUUAACACAGAAUAAAUUUUUCCCAUACCUCUCAUUACCAACUUGUUUGUAAGGAUGGUCAACAACACAUGCUUCCUCGUGUUAUAUUUGUAUGAUAUGUGAUAUGUAUGUGUUUUUUUUUAGUUAUUCCUUUUGUCUGUGUUGAUCUGUGUAAACUCUGUUCAGUGCUGACCACAAUGUGAGCCAAUAAAGAAAGAUAUGCCAGGUAUCUUAUUUUAUAAAA